AGAAGCAGCAGCUGGAGCAGCUCCUUCCCAGUGGUGGAGAACUGCACUGCACCAUACUGACAUACCAUUUCAUGAUGCCUUCAUUGCCAGGAAUUGGAUGGACUGUUUUUUGCGUACUGCUCCUCUGGAGGAGACGGGCAGCUUCCAGUAAAGAGAGACAAUGUUCCGUGGCUCAAGUGGGGGCGCUCCACCCAGUUGAGGCUCUGCUGGAGAAGUUUGAGGCUGGCCCAGGCUGUGCUGCCAGAGAGAGUGGGGACAAGGAGACUCAUGUCAUCGCAGUGGGGAGAGUAACCAGUGGCCCUGACAACAUGGUCACAGUACUGUUGAAGCCCUUGUCUCUGAGCCAGUCGGGUUUGAGAAAAGUUCACUUACUACUCAGCUCCAAGCAACCAAUCAGCUGGAGGCUGGAAGCUGAGAGACUGCCCCCUGACCUCCCUGUGCUAGUGAAGGUGUCCUCAAACUCCAGUGUUCAGUCCCAGACUCUACGCUUGCGUGUCCGGCCGCUACAUUGGGUCCCUUUCCGUCCGCGCGCGCUGUACCACUGGGCUCUGAAACACCAUGGCAACCUGUCCUCUCUGACACACGUUACACAUGGAAACCGAGUGUAUGUCCGACUGGGAGAGGAUCUGACUCAGCCUCCUGUGUGCCAUCUUAAGUCAAUGUUUAUCUCCAACAACUACAUGACCUCGGACCUGCAACCACAAGAAAUACAAGGCUGCGACCAUUCAGCAGCAACUGGAAACAACCUAGAGGUCUACGUGAUCAAACUCUAUUCAGCAGGCUCAGGACUCUGUGGCUCACUGCAGGUGGAGGUGAUUGUGUCGCUUGUGCCCCCUUCGGACACUUCUUUGAGACAAAAGGUGGUGCUGAUUCUCAGCAGUUCGGUGCCAGUCAAUUGGGCCAUUGUUGCUCACGGCGUCCAGGGUUACAUUUUUAUUCAUUCCUCUAAUAGUGUUUCCCCUCCCUACCCUCCUGAGCCCGAACUGACUCUGACUACUACAAUCAUCCCCGACCUGUCCACCAUACCGGACCUGCUUGUGUGGGCCAAUGACAAUGGCUACAACAAUGUGACAUCGUACACGGAGGCUGACCGGGCCAAUCGCUUUGUGAUCCAGCUGGCUGGGACCAGGGAAGCAAUGAAGCCCAUUGCCAAGAGGCCUAAGUGGGCUGAGGAGCGUCCCCUGAGAGAAUGGCUCAAUGGCGGCGGUAGAGCAGAAGGAGACCGAGACAGUUUCACAGUGCAGUGUGAAGACGGACGCCUGAGUGUGGCAGUGGACCAACGCACACUGCAGACUUUGUCUGUGCCAGUUUCUGCUGUAACUUUGCGGGACCCAACAUGCCAAGCUCAGUCCAAUGGGAGUCAUUUCCUGUUGGUGUUCCCAGUCAUUUCCUGCGGGACUGAGGGGAAGCUCCUGCCACAUACUAAACGGGUGCAGUACAAAAACAUGGUGCUGUUAUGGAAAGACCAGCCUCAUACCAUGUUGUCACAUAAUGAGACUGAUUGGACAUCCAGAAGUUCACUUGCCAUACAUGUACCCUGGGCUCCCUUGCCUGAUCGGGGACCACUCCACAUCUCUACACCCAAACUCAAAUCUGGGCCUUUGCUUCUUUUGAAGCUUUUCGUCACUGAGAGCUACAAGCAGCGACGCAUUGGACCAUGUGUCAUUGCUGCAGACCAGCGUGUUUAUGUCGAGAUUUCCGCCAAGGGGCCCUUCAUAGACGUUGCUGAGGUGAAGUCGUGUGUCGUUUCGCCUCUGUCGGACCCCAAAAGCUCUACCUUCUGGACUGUUAUAAGCAACAACUGUCCUGCAGACCCCUCACUUACCUUUGUGCAUGCGAAAGUUAAGGAGGAGACAGAAGAUGCUGAUGAGCAGGAGGAGGAGAUGGAAGACAGACUUGAAGAUAAAAAAGGAUACAAGGAGAUCAGUGACGAAGACGAAAGUGUCUCCCAUCAAUCCAAACCCGGCAAAAAAGGGAGAGAAGGACCCUUGAGGAAGGAAACGGUUAUACGGCCAUUAAGAUUUAGUUUCAUCCUCCGGCCAGUUUACAAUGUCUCCAUGCAGUUUCUCCACUGCAGCCUUCACCUCUGUGUCUCUGACAAGACAACAAGGGAACCCACAAAGAAAAGAGUAAAGAAAGAAUGUCCAGAUGCUAAAGAUAUUCCUCCACUUGUUUCCAGGACACUUGGACAGAAGUGUGAGAUUAGAAACCUCUCCCGGCCCAUGGUGGUCACCCAGCCUCUUAACUCAUUGGCACAUAAAGCAUUGAAGUCCACCACAGGCCAGCGAAGCAAACGACUCAGUGUCUCCCCUCUGGCCAUUCCUGCCCCACCACAGGCAAGAGGUGGUUCAUUGCAGACAGGACCAAUGAUAGGAAUCGCCUUUGCAACCUUUGUAAUGGGUGUCAGUUUGAUGGGGAUGCUGUGGUGCAUCUUCACUUAUACAGUGUCACGUGAGAUACCAUUUGAAGGAGAGGGUUCCUUAACAGACCAGACACCUGGAGGUCACCGCCCGUGGGGUCCACCUUCUCUCUCAGAUGAGUUGACCAGCUCAGUAUAA